UUGACUUUGGCAUGGUUGAUAUUAGAAGUUACGUGUAUCCCAAGAUGAUAACUGAAUCAUUCCGAGGUGGACUGUUCCACCCCAUAUUUUUUAAUAAAUUAUAUUAUCUCUGUUUUCUUUUAGAUUUGGUUCAGCUUUUUAUCUCAUCAAGCCUCUCUGUUUCUCUCUCAAAUUGACCUUUUCCAGUUUGGGCUCUCUCAACGAUGCAAGGUGAAGUACAAUUGCAGCCGAUGGGUUCGCAGAAACGGAAUGAUCCCGCUCUUUCGCUGAGAAUGUCUCCUUCUUCUUCUUCUUCUUCUUCUUCUUCUUCUUCUUCUUCUUCUUCUUCUUCUUCCGCGGCAGGAAGUUCCGUGGAGAUAAAGGCUGAAGAUUCUGCUCCAUCUCCUAUCUGUCGUAUCUGUCGGAAAAAUGAUAGGAGUGAUAUAGUUGGGAAUGAACUGAUAUCCCCGUGUAUGUGCAGAGGUACUCGGCAGUUCGUGCAUCGCUCGUGUUUCGAUUGUUGGCGAUGGGUCAAGAAAGGGUUUUCUUCCUCUCACUGCCCCAUCUGCAAAGCUCAGUUUCACUUCCGUGUCGAUCUCUGUCAUCGUAUCGACUCCUGGCGGAUAAAAUUCGCGCUCAUGUCCAACAGGGAUUUGCUCUUGUUGUUCUUAGCUGUGCAGCCUGUGAGUCUUCUCUCUCUCUCAUAUCUUGACCUGGUUCUGUUUCGCUUGACUUCGUCCCAUUGUUGAGAAUUUUAAGGUUAUAGCUGCGUUAGCCGGAAUUGCAUACAAGAUGGAUAAAAACCAAGACUUUCGCAACAAUGUCUAUAAAAAUAGCACGGUUUACACGGAUCGCAUAUUCGCAAAAUAUCCCAUCCCGUUUUAUUAUAC